UAAGGGAAAUCACUCUGUGUGGAAAGAGGGGAUCUUUGACAAGUGGAAAUUGCUUUAUCACUUUGUGAAAAUGGCAGACCAAAACGAAAAUGUUGUUCAAGAGUUUGUUAGUGUUACUGGAAUAGACAAUGACAGAGCAAGGUUUUACCUUGAAUCUGCAUCAUGGAAUUUAGAGCUUGCCAUGGCUAGUUUCUAUGACAAUGAUGGAGAGGGCGGUGCUGACUCCGGAGAUAUCCUUGAUGUCGAUAUUCCCACACCCGAUGGGGCCUCACAAGAUCAGCAGUCGGCUACUUCGAGGUUUGCUACAAUUGGAAGUUUAAAAUCUGAUGAAGCAAACGAUAGUGAUUCUGAAGAAGAAGGACAAGCAUUUUAUGCUGGUGGCUCAGAAAGAAGUGGUCAGCAAAUUUUGGGUCCACCACGAAAAAAAGGCAGCAAAGUUGUAGACAGUCUCUUUCAGUCAGCAAAAGAACAUGGUGCAGAAGUGCUGGAUGACACCAACACAAAGAAGAAGCCGACUAGUUCAUUUGUCGGGACGGGAUACCGGUUGGGUGAGACAGAGGCUGAUUCUGUGGUUAUCCCCGGACGGUCAGGACCUUCCCAACCCAGACAGGUUGACAUGGUGCUUAAAUUGUGGAAGGAUGGGUUUAGUAUUGAUGAUGGGCCUGUCCGGGACUUCAGUGAUGCUAUCAACCAGGAGUUCCUGGAAUCCAUAAAAAAAGGAGAGGUUCCGAGAGAACUGGUGCGGCAAGCACGCGGGAGAGAAGUGAAUCUCAAUAUGGAAGACCAUCGCAAUGAACAAUACGUCAAACCCAAAGGUUCAACGAAAGCCUUCUCUGGAGAAGGUCAUAUGCUGGGAAGCCCUGCUCCUACGGUUGUGUCUACACCUAGUGCCACGGCAACCAAAGACGUCAGUCCCGAUGUGGACAGUUCGAAACCAAGUACCAGUAUUCAGAUCAGACUGGCAGAUGGUACAAGGCUGGUUGCCAAGUUUAAUCACACACACAGAGUUAGUGAUAUCAGGAACUUCAUCACAUCCUCCCGUCCACAGUACGCAACGGCCGAGUUCAUUCUGCAGACGACAUUCCCCAGCAAGGAGCUCACAGACAACUCACAGACACUAGAAGAAGCCAAACUUUUAAACGCAGUCAUUGUACAGAGAUUAAAGUGAAACAACCACUAGGAACACUUCAAUAGCACAGUGACUUGUUAUUUAAAGUAUGACUGGGACAUGUUAUGAAUGUUACCUCAGUUCUGAUAUUUUGUCAUGUGUGUUGCAGAUCCAUGCUAAACAUUUGUGAUGUUUUUAAUUAUUUUAUUUUUUUUACAGAUUUUUUUUUUUUUUUUUUUUUUAAAUGCCUUAAAUUCAGGAAGGCAUAUACUGCUGUCCUGACCGGGACACGAGAUCUUUUUGCCUGCCAUCUCAUCAGACCGUCAAUUGUUUUGUGUCUAUACUCUGUGGUCAUGUUUGGUCCACCAAGUUUUGAUUUGGUCUGGCAGAAUUUGUCGCUUGCUGAACCAAAUGUCGGAAAAGAAUUUCAGCCAAUUUCGAUCCCUGUGUCUACUUGAUUUUAUUUACCAGGCAGUAGAUGUGAAAUAAUAUUUAGUGAAACUUGUGAAUCAAAAGUAUCUAUUAUUUGAGACACUGCAUGUUAUUAAAAUAUGGGUGAACAUCGACAUAACAGCCAAGUUUAAAUAGCAUUUCAGGUUUGACAGAAAACCGACAAACCAAUUUCUUUUCAAGCAUAGUAAAAUUCAAAGUUUUUAUUUCUGUGACAUGAGACUCUCAAGCUAAAGACUGAGUUAUAACUUGAUAGUGGCUCGUGGACUUGAAAAUAUACUGAACUCCAUUCAAAACACAUCAGUCAAAUUUAUAGUUGUCAAAAGAAUACGAGAAGAAAAAUAAUACGAUUACAGUAUAGUACUCUUAUAACAAACUACAAGGGACCAGGAACAUAGGUUUGUUAUAGCAGUAGUUCAUUGUAUACAUUUGCGGAAGUUGGCCGUUAUCAUUCAGAAAAUUGGCUAUUUUGGAUUUUUCAAAUUUAAGCACUAUAAACAAGAAUUGGUGGGCUUUAAUAUUUCAUUUAUUAUAACCAAUAGAAACAAAUAAACAAAUAAGAUAUGAAUUAGAUAAAAAUUAAGAUUGUUCGCUGUUUAUAUAUAUACACUAAUUUACACUGAAAUGCACAAUUUUGACAAAACAAAUUGGUUUAUUUUAACAGUUAAUUCGCUAUACAUAGUUCGUUAUAUACAUUAAAAUUUAUUAAUACUAUAUAGGAAAAAAACAGGGCUUAACAAUCGGUUCGUUCUAACCGGUAGUUUGUUGUAAGCGUGUUCAUUCUAAACGUACUUUACUGUAAUUAAUUUAAGAUAUAAAUAGCCCCAAUAUUGUAUGCAAGGGUUAGGGUUAUUGUGUGUUUUAUAGCAACCCACACAUGCGAUGGCAAUAAGAACUGAAAAUUGGGUGGUGCGUUUUUAUUGGAUUUCAGUAUAUUGGGCACAUUAUUGUAAGAUGACUGAAAUGACUUGGCAUCUGCUGUACCUUAUUUAUAACAUUAAUUUAUUUGACUGGACAAAGAAUGAAAGUAUCAGUAGAGAUUUGCCCAUGUAUGUGGCAGAAUAUUCAGUGAGUAGGCCUAUUAAUCCGAUUUAUUUAAUAUUAUUUUAGUUAUAUGUAGUACAUAGGUUGAAGACAAGUUAAUACCUAUCAAUAAAAUAUUGACACAUUACACAUUAAAUAUACAAAUGUCAUUAGUCUUUUCUUAUGAAAGCUUGGAUAGGAUAGGUCAACUUGUAUCAAGUGAGUCCAGAUUUAUAUUGUGAUAAACCACUUACUUUAAAUAUGAAUAUGCUCGCAAUACAUUCAUAUAUUGUAGUGCUUUUAUAUCUCAGUACAUAAAACUGAUUUCCAGAAUUAAACUUGUCAUAAAUGUAUUACAUAUGUAGAUAUUAAAGAAACAUUCAUAAAAAUAUAGAAUGUUUAUGGGUC